UCUAAAUAUUUGUACAGUUUGUCCAAAUACAUGUGCAUAACAAUUUACACUUAACUGCAAUUGUUAGUGUGUGCUUUUAUGUGUACAUGUGUGUAACACUGUAACCCUUGAUAAGUAAUCCAACUUUACAUAGAUUUUGUUGUAUGUAUUUAAUACAAAGAUUUACCAUUUUAAUUAGGCUUUUGUCAGCAUCACAUUCCAACAUGGAGCAAAUGACACAGUAGUCCGAUGCCUUGCCUAAACAAACACAAGUUCCCAUAAACUUUUUGUGCUUCUAUCAUGAAAUAUGCGUGACUGAGGCAACACCAUUAGAUGAUUAUUGUGGAUAUUUCAUUACUCUAGAGCCCACCCUGAAAUUCCAGGAGGGUCCAGACUAUUUCCAAUCGGGCACAUGUCACAAAAUCUGAAGUCGUCUGAACUCCACUGAUGUCUCCCACUGAAAGGAGAUGUUCAGCAAACUGCAGAUAAGAAUCAAUCAGGAUAUAAUAUUUUCAAUUUGUCACCAUGUGAGUACAUAUCUUCAGUUCUGAGCUGAGGUUCAGCAUGAAUCUAUUCAGUUCAGCAUGGGCAUGCAAUCCACCAUGACAUGCAAUGUGCAGUGGUACAGAGCUAAAGCUGAAGAACUGAAGAGCUGAAGCACUAUAUUGUGGGCCAGAGCAGUGCUUUACGGUGACUUAACGACAUUGAUGAUAACCUACUUCUGACUUUAGUAUGUUUUUAGUUUUAAGGCACACAACUUUAUCAGUUUCUUUCUGUAUCAGGUUCAGUUAGCGGAUAUUUUAAACACGGCACACAGUCUUGUGUCGAUGUUGAACAGCAGGCUAAGUUCGUCAGGGAAUGUCAGGCCAGUCAGACAGGGAAAUACAAGUCAGUCUCCUGAGGGCCCGGGAGCCCAAAGAGAGUCCCCUCAACAGACAGGACAAGUAGUAACGAGGCCCCAGAGCAGUGGCUUUGGACAGUCAGUGCAUCAAGAAAUGGCUAGAUCAUUUCCUGGACUUUUCCACAAAGAGGCCAAAGGCAAAAGACGUUUUGCACCUUAUGCACAACCACAAAAGAGUUUUUUAGUUAACUUUUUUCUGCUUGAUAAACGUCCAAAGACACCCAAAGGAGAUGAGGAGCUCCAGCUUGUACUGGCUGGACUUGGAAAACAUUCACUAACAGUAAACAUCACACAUUGAGUUGACAGAUUUGCUUUGGAACACAUAUCCAAGACUUAAAAGUAUCUUUGGUGGCUGGUUGCUACACAAAUCCACAGGUGGGGGUGGGCAACACAAAUUGGCUGUUAUUCCUCCUGACUCAAAUGGAUACAAUGGGCAGCAGCUAAAAGGAGUGAGUGGAAAUGGAAAGUGUACACUGUACAUAGCUCCUUUACAAGAGCAAAUUGACACCACUCCAUUACCAGCAGAAGCAAAAGAAUUUGAAAACAUGCCCAAAGCCUCAUGCACCAUCUGCAGAAAGAUGGUUCCACUUCAGGCUCUUCCAGUACACAUCAAGAGCUGCAGGAAGGAGAAUAUAGAUCUGUGCAGCACUUCUGAGGAUGAAGCCUUCACCCAGGACCAUUUGCCACCAGUGUGCCCAGAAAACCAGGCAGAGCUGACUGCCGAGUGUCCUGUGUGCAGAGGUGCAUUCGACAUUGAUGUAACUGAGACUCAUGCAUCUGACUGUGGAUUACGGGCUAUUGUACUGCACUCAGCCAUGAGAGUUGUCCCCAUGCUUGACCAGCUGAGAAAAGGCCUGCAGCUGUAUGACCUGCUGACAGUUAUGAAGACACACCCAGACCUUUGUCUGUCACUGUUUGUUCCAGGGGAAGAUGAUAGGGUGGAUGCAGCCUUUGUCCUGGAAAAAUGUCAACCUGACUUCAGUGAGAAGGGCUCUGUGAAGUACAAUAAAGAAGUAAACAUCAUGAACUUUUUCCAAGACUUCCUACAAGAGAUUGAAGAUUGUGAACAAGGUGGCCGGAGUGACCAGGAAAGUAGUGAAGCUCUACAGGAAGUGACUGUUGCCAGAAUCAUGCAGUGGAUGACAGGACAGGCCCACAAACCUGUUCUACCAUGUGAGAAGAAGGACUUCAUAAUAUCUGUGAAAUUCUACCAUGAUUGUGACACAUCAUACCAUUUGUUUUCCAACUGUAAGUGAAUGUAGUCGCACAAUUCCAUUUCCAGUUGCUCACCUGACAACAUUUGAUGACUUCAAAAACAUUAUGGAAAUAGCCAUAUCACAUGGACAAUCCUUUCAUAGGGUGUGAGAUACUCGACAGUUCUUGAUGAAAUGACAGUGUAGUUACGAGCCAGAGCCAAAACCAAAUGUUGUUUAUAUAUUUUAUGCUGGUUUUUCUGAUGUUUUACCACAUUUAC